AUGAUCAGCCCUGAUUCCUCAAUUCUGAUUGUUGGCGCGGGCACCUUUGGCCUUUCUACAGCUCUACAAUUGCUUCGCAAAGGCCAUAAAAACGUGACCCUCUUGGAUCCGUACGCCAUUCCUUCCCCGCUUUCUGCAGGCAAUGACAUCAAUAAAAUUUUCCAGUCAACUGUCAGUGACGAGUUUUACUCUGAGCUAGCUUUGGAGGCUCUCGACCUGUGGAGAUCUGAUCCUGUUUACCGGCCAGCAUUCCAUGAAGUGGGUAUAGUUUACGGAGCGACAGGAGACGAUGCUGUGGCUGAAAUCAAUCAACGCUACAACCGUCUCAAAUCCAAAGGAGAAGAUAUCCAAAAACUGGAAGCACCAGAAGACUUUGCCAGAUUGAUUGAAUGGAAAGGAGAUCUUGCAGAUGACUUCUCAUCACUGAAUCUUGAAUCGAGAUUCAAGAACUGGAAGGGAUAUUUUCAGAAAAGUAAGUGUGGAUGGACAUUUGCAGCGCUAGCUCUUGAAAAUGCAUACAAAGAAUGCAAAGAAAAGGGGGCACACUUUAUUCAGGAUGCUGCUGAGGAGUUGCUUAUAGAAGGCUCCAACUGCGUUGGAGUUCGCACAUUGUCGGGAGCAAUUUUGAAAGCUGAUCGUGUCGUUAUAUGUGCUGGAGCAAAUUCAACAAAAUUACUCAACUAUAAAGGUCAACUACUAGCCAAAUGCUGGACUGUUGGUCACAUAAAGCUCACCCCAAGUGAAGCUAAAGCGCUGAAAAACUCGCCGGUUCUUUUGAAUUUGGACGAAGGGUUCCUUUUUGAGCCUGACGCGAAUGGAAUCCUGAAGUUUUGCAACGAGUUUCCGGGAUACAUUAAUCGAGAUGGAACCGAAAAUAUAUCGUCACCUCUUUAUCGAAACCAGAUCCCUGUGGAGGCUGAAGAGCAAAUGAGAGGGUUUUUGAGGCAAGUAUUUCCCCAAAUCAGCACGCGUCCCUUCGAUGCUGCCAAAAUAUGCUGGUGCACCGAUACACCUGAUCGUCACUUCUUAAUUUGUGAGCACCCUGAUAUGAACGGCCUCAUUUUAGCGACAGGAGAUUCUGGACAAGGAUUCAAGUACAUGCCUAUCAUUGGCCAUUACAUAUCCGACCUCGUUAUGAAAGGAGAGUCCGGAUUACAAGAAAGCCAUCGCAAAGCAUGGAGGUGGAGACCAGAGACAGCCGAGAAAAGAGAUAUAUAUAACCUUCAAGGGAGAUUCGGUGGCUCAAACAAAAUUAAGGAUCUCAAUGAUUUAAGCAAGUGGACAAAUUAA